UCGUCUUCUUCUCGGCUAUGGAGGCGAGUUUCACUCUUCCACAUGCAUGGGACUAAACGACGGGAGUUUACCGAUGAAGUUCCAUGUUCCAAUGUACAUCCGAGCCGCAGCUCAGCCAGCUCAACAACAGUCCUCUUAAGGAGGAAUGCCAGCUCCUGAGCAGAGCCCAGGCACGGAGGAGGGGCUUCUGCUGACCAUCCGCGACAGUUCAACUGGCCGCAACAUGGAGGCUGACAACACCGCCAACAACAUCCUGGCCUCUGUGAAAGAACAGGAGCUCCAGUUUGAGCGGCUAACCAGGGAGCUGGAAGUGGAGAGGCAGAUUGUGGCCAAUCAGCUGGAAAGAUGCAGACUUGGGGCCGAGUCACCAGGCGCUGGUAGCAGCAGCUCGUCUGAGAAGUCCCUGCCUUGGAGAACUGCAGAUGCGUCCGCCACAGGGGACACAAAGUCUCGGGUGACUGACAGCUCCCAGUCGCCCAGCUACCGCAUCAGGACUGAGUCAGAGCAGGUGUCUCUGUACUCCCCGGAGCAGUCCUCCCUCCAUGAAAGUGAGGGGUCCGCAGGAAAUUCGCGUAGCUCAACCCAGAUGAACUCGUACUCGGACAGUGGCUACCAGGAUGCCAGCAGUGGCUAUCUCAGCAGCCAGAACCUGGGCAAGGCUGAGCUGAGGAUGCAGCACUCCUUCCCUGGCGCUGGCACUGGCACCCUGAUGAGAAAUGCCAGGGCUGAGGGCCAGGCUUCAGCCCAGGCUCCAGCAGUCACGACAGCAGUGCCUGGCCGUGCUAUGCGGAGGGUAAGCUCAGUGCCUUCUCGCUCUCACUCGCCAGCAUAUGCCAGCAGUAUGUCCCCCUCCCGCGGCUCCCUGCGUACCUCAGCUGGCAGUGCCUAUGGCUCACCCAUUGUAACUGAACCCAAACCCCUCUCCAGCAUCUUCUCUACAACCUUGCCCUCUGCCCAGCGCACCAGUACCACCGGCGUUGGCAGCGGCUCACCCUACUCAACCCAGAAAAACUCCCCCGCUGCACUGCGACGCAUGGGUUCCACAAACUCGCGGUCGGGCAGCGCUAGCCGUACCACCUCGCCCUAUCAGGCGUCUGCAGGGUCCUCAUCGGGCCGCAUGGGCUCACCUCUGACAAUGGUUGACAACAUUAACCCUCCACUAACUAAACAGCCUACUCACUCAUCAUCUCCAGUCAGGGCUAGUAUGACCGCCGUGCCCCAGCACUACAGCUCCACUUUACCCCGCUCCAUGCUCCACAACACUGACCCCUACGGACCCCAGAGUUACGACAUUUACGAGAGGAUGACGCGACCUGACAGCCUCACAGAUGCCCUGGUUGAUGAUGACGUUCAAGGAAUACGGAGCUCAUAUGCCAGUCAACACAGCCAGCUGGGCCAGGAUUUAAGGUCAGCCAUGUCCCCAGACCGCCACAUUGCACCAAUCUACGAGGAUCGGACUUUCCAGGGCCCAUUGUACCGUAGCCCCAGCCACACCCAGCAGGGCACCCUCUACAGGAGCACCUCAGGUGUGGGGAGUCUCCAGCGGACAUCCAGCCAACGCAGUGCCAUGACCUACCAAAGAAACAACUAUGCUCUUAACACAUCAGCCACCUAUGCUGAUCCAUAUCGCUCAGCACAGUAUCGGCCCUCUGAUCCAAACUAUACUCGCCAGGCUGUUGUCAUGGACGAUGGUGCCACCCGCUCACCCUCCAUAGACAGCAUUCAAAAGGAUCCCAGGGAGUUUGCGUGGCGUGACCCAGAGCUAACGGAGGUGAUUCACAUGCUGCAGCACCACUUCCCCUCAGUGCAGGCCAACGCAGCCGCCUAUCUGCAGCACCUGUGCUUUGGUGAUAAUCGAAUCAAGGCUGAGGUAUGUCGACUCGGAGGAAUUAAACACCUGGUGGACCUACUAGACCACAAGGUCCUUGAGGUCCAGAAAAAUUCAUGUGGAGCUCUGAGGAACCUCGUUUAUGGCAAAGCAGUGGAUGACAAUAAGAUCGCUGUGAGGAACGCAGGAGGCAUCCCAGCUCUGCUCCGCCUGCUGAGAAAGACUGUAGAUGCAGAAGUGCGGGAGCUUGUCACAGGGGUGUUGUGGAACCUGUCGUCCUGUGACGCCGUCAAGAUGACAAUCAUUCGGGACGCCUUAACGACUCUGACCAACACUGUGAUCAUCCCUCACUCUGGAUGGAGCAUCUCCACCUUCGAUGACGACCACAAGCUGAAGUUUCAUUCCUCCCUGGUGCUGAGGAACACCACAGGAUGUCUGAGGAACCUGAGUUCAGCUGGCGAGGAGGCCAGAAAACAGAUGCGCAUUUGUGAGGGCUUGGUUGACUCACUGCUCUACGUCAUCAAAGCCUGUGUAAACACCUCUGACUUCGACAGCAAGAUUGUGGAGAACUGUAUUUGCACUCUAAGGAAUCUGUCAUAUCGUUUGGAGCUGGAGAUGCCGCCAUCCCGACUGAUUGGGGGGCAGGAGCUGGACGGCUUACUGGGCAGCGAGUCCCCCAGUAAAGAGGUGGAUUCCAGCUGCUGGAGCAGGAAGAAAAAGAAGAAAAAAAAGAGUUCACAGGAAGACACAUGGGACGGUGUCGGACCCAUCCCCGGCUUCUCCAAGUCUCCCAAGGGGGCAGAGAUGCUAUGGCACCCUGCAGUGGUUAAGCCUUACUUGACGCUGCUGGCUGAGAGCUCAAACCCUGCUACUCUGGAGGGCGCGGCUGGGUCCCUUCAGAACUUGUCAGCUGGCAACUGGAAGUUUGCAGCAUACAUUCGUGCAGCAGUGCGUAAGGAGAAAGGACUGCCCAUCCUAGUGGAGCUGCUGAGGAUGGAUAACGACAGAGUGGUGUGUUCGGUUGCCACCGCUCUGAGAAACAUGGCACUGGAUGUCAGGAACAAGGAACUUAUAGGGAAGUAUGCGAUGAGGGACCUGGUCAACCGUCUCCCCGGGGGAAACACCACCCUGCUGUCGGACGAGACCAUGGCAGCCAUCUGUUGCACCCUGCACGAGGUCACCAGCAAAAACAUGGAGAACGCCAAGGCCUUGGCCGACACGGGCGGCAUCGAGAAGCUGGUCAACAUCACCAAGGGCAGAGGAGACAGGUACUCUAUGAAGGUGGUUAAGGCAGCUGCUCAGGUGCUGAACACACUGUGGCAGUACAGGGAUCUGCGUACCAUCUAUAAAAAGGAUGGAUGGAACCAAAACCAUUUCCUCACUCCAGUGUCAACACUUGAAAGGGACAGGUUCAAGUCCCAGCCCACCCUCCCCACCAGCGGCAUUCAGAUGUCGCCAGUCAACCACCCUGCUGCCAGUGCCACGUCGUCUCCUGCAGUGCUGGGCAUCAAAGAGCAUAGAGACACUAUCAAAGAUUAUCAGAGAGCACAGUCAACUAUGCAAUUUUAUAAUUACCAAGGGGACAACAGUAUUCAUAAAAAUCAGUAUACAGGGUCUGGAAAGCCGCCAUCAUAUUACUAUUCAUCACCCACAAGAGAGGAGCCCAGAAGAACACAGCCUAUGUAUUAUACAGACGAGCCGGGCAGGAGGAACUACGAUACAUACAGAAUGUACCUGCAGCAUCCACACGGCUAUGACGACCCGUACUUGGAAGAGGUCAUCACCUACCCACCCACAGUCGACUAUAGCUCCCAGCCUCAUGGACUGAAAUCCACCACCAACUAUGUGGACUUUUAUGCUAGCACACGGAGGCCUUCCUACAGGGCAGAGCAGUAUCCCGGCUCUCCUGACUCCUGGGUAUAGGUCUGCAGAUGCUCUUGUGUUGUGAUCAAGAACCUCAUUCAUCCCUGAUUCUCCUUUCAGGGCAUGAGGAGCGGCGUCUUCACCCUGCAGCAAAGGCGAAGAGCCGGUAGCACGCAAGAACCGAUGAACUUUUUCAUGAACUUGGCUUUAUAAGUGUGUUUGUUUUAAAGUGAAUGUGUGUGUACGGGGUGGGGGGAGUUCAACUGAGUGAUGACAGAUGGAAAGAUGGAAUGUGUGCCAAAGAAGGAAAUCAAGGAAUGGUUUUUUUAAAAAAUUUAUUUUUUAUUUAGUAGAGGAAGAUGGAAUCAUGCUGGGGAUCUGUUGAGGGACGAAACUGGACACUACCGUGAGGAGACGUGCGUUCUGCUCUGUCUAGAUGUUAGUUUUAUUUUCUUUAUGAAACUCUUAGCUGUGAUAGCAUGAUGAAAGGUGUGAGUCAUGUGAGCAAGGGUCUGCGGUAAGAGUCAAGAUGGGGUAUAUGUAUGUGCUGAAGCCAAAAUGGAUCAUGAACUCAUAUCUGUAAAAUUAAAAAAAAAAAAAGAAAUAGUAAACUAAUGAUGUUAGAUUGUACAGAGGGAUCACAUUGUAUCUGUACUUAAUGUUGAAGCUGUGUAAUGCCAUGGAGUCUUGUACAUUUCUUUCAUUUUAUUGUAAAUACAGAAAAAAACAACAUGUUACCUGGUUUACAUUCAUCAGCACUGGUUAAAAAAAGAAACUUGUGCCAUGUUAAAUCUCUAUAGAUAUAUAAAUAUAUGAAUAAAUAUGUGGACAACGAUGGCAUCAUAACACACAAACAUGUUAAAAUAAUAAUAAAAGGUCAGUUUUGUUUUUUAAA